CUGACUGGUGAUUUUUGAAUUUCGCUUUCAUCUUAGAAUCCCCCCUCCGGUGAAAGCCUCAGUGUCUGACCGUGUGCUAGGUACUCCUGCCUGGCCGCCAGGUUUUUUGGAGAGAAGAAGUUGGCGAAGGGAUGUGACUGCGAUGAUGGCGCUGCAGCUGAAGAACGGGGAUGCAGCGUACUACCAGACUGCGGAUUACUGCAGAAAUUACACUUCGCCGCCUGUCAGAUACGGUGACAGCAGCCACUAUCUUGCCCGUUUGCCAGGCCCAGAGACCAUGUUGAAGCCUCCACUGAGUCUCUUCCGCCAUCCCCAGCAGCCUUUCCACCACAUGGAAUCUCUGCACCAGCUGGGACCUCCGCCAAUGGCGCCUACGCAGCCUCUCGGUCCACCACCCCUUGCCCCUGCUCAGGCGAUUGGACCUCCAACUAUGGUUCCAACCCAGACACUAGGCCCCCCUCCAAUGACUGCUACUCACACGUUAAGACAUCACCCUAUUACCCAACCACACAGCUUAGGUCCGCCUCCAAUGGCCCCAUCUCAACCACUGGGGCCUCCACCAAUGGCACACACCUUGGGUCCCCCACCCGUAGAUCACACACAAGCAAUAGUGCCUCCAACCAUGGACCUCAUGCAACCAAUGGGGCGUCCACCUCUGAACCCUGCACAAACACUGGCGCCCCCACCUGUAGUGGCGCACGCAGCCGGUCAAUUCACCCUCCCUCACAGCCCUUUGUCCUCCCCUGUUGGUCCAGGCCCAGACCCUUCACACCUGCCCAGAGGACCGGCCCUCAUCCAAGCCCCGAUGUCCUGCCUCAUCCCCGGUCCUCUCCCGGGUCAGGCAGCCCCAGCCAGCGAGCAGCCCCAGGAUGAAGGCUCGCUGCUUGGGAUGGAGGAGCAGGAAGACUCUCUGGGGUUGGGGGAAUUGUGUAAACCACUGUACUGUAAACUCUGCAACGUUACCCUUAACUCUGCUCAGCAGGCACAGGCUCACUACCAGGGGAAAAACCACAGUAAGAAGUUGAGAAAUUUCUAUGCUGGGAGUCAACAGCCUCCAGCCAUCAGGAUUCCAGAAGUCCAGGAGGCGGCUGGCCAGACAUCCCUCAGCUCAGGAUCAAACGACAGUGAUGCAGCCAGGCAGGCGCAGUACAAGGGGGCGACUCGGGUCAUCUUGGCCACAGAGAACGACUAUUGUAAGCUGUGUGACGCCUCCUUCAGUUCACUGGCAGUUGCACAGGCCCACUAUCAGGGCAAGAACCACGCCAAGAAGCUACGGCUCGCUGAGGCCCAACAGAACUCCAAUAACAUGGAGGGCAGCAAUGAGGCAGCCACAAGAAGAAACAAAAAAGAUGGCAGUGAGUACAGACUGGUGAAAAACCGCCGCAGCCCACAGCUACCUGCUUCCAUGCCAGGGCCGUACUACAACCCCAGACCGAGGCAGCGCAUCCCCAGGGACUUGGCCAUGUGCGUGACUCCCAGCGGCCAGUUCUACUGCUCCAUGUGCAACUGCGGAGCCGAGCAGGAGACGGACUUCAGGCAGCAUCUGGAGAGUAAGCAGCACAAAGCAAAAGUGUCGGAGUUAAGAUACCGCCACGAGAUGGAGAACCUUGGCUACAGCUAAGAAACACAAGGGAGGAUGGGGGAAGAGAAAAGACAGAGCGGGACAGAAUAGGUGGGAAGACAAAAAAAGAGAAGACCAAAGUGCAGCAAAGCAAAUACUACCUGGUGUUUGAGGGGCAUAUUUAGUGAAGGGAUUAGCCCAAAUGGCCUCAAGACCUUGUUGCAAUUCAUUUGAUUUACGCUUAAGCACUUAUAUCUUCGCAUUUGACAUAAUGCUCUACCACAUGCAGCUAUAAUUGGAUUUGAUGGAUUUAUUUGAUCUGGGUAUUGCAUUUCAAAUUCAGUCUGUAUAUUGAAGCAGGCUGCACCAUGUAUGCUGAGAACAGGAAGUUGAGAAAAAUAUGGAUUUUUUUUUACAUACAAGUAAAAAUAAAGUCUCUUUUUAUAGGCACUGAAUAAGAUCACAUUUUUGAUCCACCUUUUUUGUUAUACUGUUUUUGGUUCCUCUAAGGCUUUGAGUGGGUUGCAUUCUGACUCAGGAUACAGGUAAAUGAAUUGCAAGUAAAUCUUGAGCUUGUUCAGGCUCCAGGAAGAGGACAAGUGGGGCACAGAAGGCCAACAUGACAGGAGAGGAGACACACUUAGAAAAGAUGAGGACAUGCAGAGAGUCCAAACAUUAAGCGCAAAAUGUUGAAAAUAGAGAGAAACCGGUUGGUAGACGUAAAUGGAUGCAUAGAGGGAAACACUGGAAAACAAAGUUUAAGACAAAAUUCUUGAGUGUGAAUCAGCCGUGCAGGUAUUUUUGUACAGGCCCUAUAGCAGGGACUUCAGGGCCACGUAGUGACCACUGAGCCACAAAUUUAACAUCUUAAUAACCUAACACAGGU